CCCAUGGAAGAGCACCCGGCGCCCGGCUCUGCUCCGAGAGAGACCGAGGAGCUGGGGCCCCGCACAGAGGUCAUGGAAGAAGUGACAUCAUGCUCCUUCAACAAUCCUCUGUUCCAGCAGGAAGACAAGAGAGGGAUCACCUACCGGAUCCCAGCUCUGCUCUACAUCCCUCCUGCCCGAACCUUCCUGGCCUUUGCAGAGAAGCGCUCUACAUGCAGGGAUGAGGAUGCUCUCUACCUGGUGCUGAGGCGAGGGUUGAGGACCGGACACAUAGUACAGUGGGGGCCACUGGAAUCACUGUUGAAAGCCACAUUACCUGGACACCGGACCAUGAACCCCUGUCCUGUGUGGGAGAGGAAGAGUGGCUUUGUGUACCUGUUCUUCAUCUGUGUACGGAACCAUGUAACUGAGCGGCAACAGAUCAUGUCAGGCAGGAAUGCUGCCCGCCUCUGCUUCAUCUGCAGUAAGGAUGCUGGAUGCUCAUGGAGCGAGGUGAGGGACCUGACUGAGGAAGUGAUUGGUCCAGAGAUGAAGCACUGGGCCACCUUUGCUGUGGGCCCAGGUCAUGGCAUCCAGCUGCAGUCAGGAAGGCUGGUCAUCCCUGCAUACACCUACUACAUCCCUUACUGGUUCUUUUGCUUCCGGCUACCAUGUAAAGCCAGGCCUCAUUCCCUGAUGAUCUACAGUGAUGACCUAGGUGCUACAUGGCAUCAUGGCAGGCUCAUUAGGCCCAUGGUAACAGUGGAGUGUGAGGUUGCAGAGGUGACUGGGAAGGCAGGCCACCCUGUGCUGUAUUGCAGUGCCCGGACACCAAAUAGACAUCGGGCAGAGGCUCUCAGCACUGACCAUGGUGAAUGCUUUGAGAAAUCAGCCUUGAGCCAACAGCUCUGUGAGCCCCCACAUGGCUGCCAAGGCAGUGUGGUAAGUUUCCGGCCCCUAGAGAUCCCAUAUAAGUGCCAGAACCCUAGUGGCAAAGAUGCUCCCACUGUUCAGCAGAGCCCUCCACUAGACAACUCACUGAAGCCGGAGCAGGAAGCUGGAUCACUGUCGGAAUCAUGGCUCUUGUACUCACACCCAACUAAUAAGAAACGGAGGGUCGACCUAGGCAUCUACCUCAACCAGGCCCCUUUAGAGGCCACCUGCUGGUCCCGUCCCUGGAUCUUACACUGUGGGCCCUGUGGCUACUCUGAUAUGGCUGCUGUGGAGGAGGAAGGCUUGUUUGGGUGCUUGUUCGAAUGUGGAAUCAAGCGGGAUUGUGAGCAGAUUACCUUCCGCCUGUUUACAGACCAAGAGAUCCUGAGCCAUGUGCAGGGGGACUAUACCAGCCCUGGUAGGAAUCCUGAGCCAGUUCGAGACUAACUGACUUACGACCUAACUUUCCACAGAGAAGAGUGGGAACCACAGCUGAGACAAUGGAGGCCAAGAUAAGCAGAAGUUACUAAAGUCAACAAAGAAUC